AUAAUGGUGAGAAGAUCUAAAUCAAUGGAGAGGACAAUAAAAGAAGGAAAUGAAUAUUUAUAAAGAAUAGAAUAGAUGGAAAGAACAAGAUAGAGAAAUUAAAAUGCAUAAUAAAGAUAAAGGGCUUAACGAGGAGCAUAAACUUAAAAGUAAAAUAAAGAAUCUCCUAAGAAAAUUGUUCAAUAAAAAUAAGUUUAAGUAAAGAGAGGAAAGUAAUAAAGAUAAUAAAAAUAACCAAAAGAAGAUCUUAAAAAAUAGUCUUAGUUAUCUAUAUCUAAGACUUCAAAAAAAAUAGAGAAAAAGACACCUAUUUAAUAAAAAAAAGUGUAAAAAGAUGAGCCUGUUCAUAAGAAAAAUGAUGAAAAGCAAUCUAAAGUAGAAAAAAAGUUGAAUAAUGAGAUGGAAGUAGAAAAGAAGGUAGAAAUAUAAUAAGAGAAAAAAGAAUAAAAAAAGGAAUAGAAAAAGGUGGAAAAGUUGAUAGUAUAACCUUAAGAAUAAAAAUAAGCAAAAUAAGGGCCUAGAAAAACAAAAUCAAACAUAUCAGCAGCUUCAGAUGUUAACUAACCUUCAAUAGGAAUGGUUGAUUGUGUUUUUGUAGUAGAUACAACAGGAUCAAUGGAUAUAUAUUUAGAAAGAACAACACAUACAGUUUAGAUGUUAGUAGAGAGAAUUAAAUAACAAUCAAAAAGUGAGAAAGUGAGUGUUAGAUUUGGAUUAGUAUGUUAUCGUGAUCAUCCUCCUUAAGAAGAAACAUAUUUAACAGAAUUGCAUGAUUUAUGUUCUAAUAAAGAGAUAUUGGAAGCAAUAGAGAAAUCAGAUUGUUAUGGAGGAGGUGAUGGUGCUGAAGCAGCUUUAGAUGGAUUAAAUGUAGCAGCAUAAUAAAUAAGUUGGAGAGAUAGUAGUAAGAUACCAAGUUUAAGAUAUAUUUUUCAUAUUUGUGAUUAACCACCACAUGGUAAAGAAUUUGGUGGAUUCAGUGAAUUAUGGGAUGAAACAGGUUGUCCUUGUGGAUUAAAGCCUGAUUAAGUAAUUCAUAGAAUUAAUAUGAGAUAAAUUCAUUAUAGAUUAAUUAAGGCAGAUUCAAAAAGAUUAGAAAAAUUUGCUGAUUAUUUUAGAGGAAAAGUAGUCAAUUAUGAUGAAGUUACUUUAGAAGAUGGAGUAGCAGAAGGAAUGGAAAUUAAAAUUAGUGAUAUGGUUAUUAGAGAACUUUGUCCAGAUAUUCUUCUUGAUUGA